UUUAAAAUGAAUCAGGGAGUGAAAAUGCAGUUUCAGCCAUGGAUUGAAAGCUGAGGCUCUCUUUUCUGCGGGUUACGAUUUCAGUGAGCCAGGGAGAAAGCCAGAGCACACGGGUGCUCAGGAAAAAUGUCUGAAGGCAUGGGACAGAGGAGAGCAGCCCGGUGAGUGUGUUCCGAACCAAUUCCUGGUGCCGAGCCGUGCGCUGCCUGCUAGAGCUCACUACGGAAAGCAUCCUCCAGCCAGGAUACAGCCAGGAUAUCCUCCGGCCAGGGCCAGUCUCCUUUCCAGUCCCUCCCAGCAUCGUUUCCUCUCUCCCGAGCAUCCUCCAGCCACCAUCGCCCAGCGCCUCUCCCGAGAGCUCCAGACACAAAAGCAAAGCGAGCGCCCGUGCAGAGAGUCUUCAUCUACUGACCUGAGGUGGUGAUGAACAGGGGAAGCACAGAGGAGCUGAGGCAGAACUGAUCAGAGGUCAGGAGCUGAAUGGAGCAUACCAUCAAAAGAACAAAUUUGGUUUUGGAGAAAGUAAAAUGAAUUGCUGGGCAGAAGGUAGAAGGACAGGAAGGUCCCUCUGUGUGUGCCCACUGUUCCUGGGGAGAUGUCCAACGUUUCCAGCUAUGCCCUGCGCAUGGCCCGGCUGAGCGCCCAGAUAUUUGGUGAGGUUGUCAGGCCCACUGACUCCAAAUCCAUGAAGGUGGUGAAGCUGUUCAGUGAGCAGCCCCUGGCCAAGAGGGAGGAGGUGUACAGCUGGUACCCCCCUCACAACACCUACUAUGCCCUCAUGAAGAAACUCCGCUACUUUGGCCUCUACAGGGAUGAGCAUCAGGACUUCAAGGAGGAGAUGAGGCGAAUGAAAAAGCUCCGUGGCAAGGAAAAACCAAAGAAGGGGGAAGGAAAGAGGGCUCUCAAGAAGAAGUAGUGUUGUUGGAACAGUGUCACUGACUACCCUGGAAAUGCUGGGGAAUGGCUGGAGAAGGCUUGGCACGUGAGCUGCCUGUUGGGCACAAGAAACACACUGGGACAUAGUGGACUCCACAUUGGGAAUGCUUUUGGGUCUUUGAAGUUUAACUGGUUUUGAGUUUCUGUACUUCAAAUAUACUGUAUAUUACAGUACAGUAAUAAAAAGGAGUGCUCAGUUUUUUUCUUGAAACCA